AUCACCAACUUUGCCCAAUUCCGUUCAACACACACAAUUUGUGUGGCACUUUUUUGGAGUCCUCCGUUUGUUUGCAGAACCGCUCGUAGAUGUUGACUCUCUGUUUUGUUGUCCUUCGGGAUCCUACUUCUGUUUAGAGCGUCCUCUUGAUUUUCAUAUUUCCAGCCUUCCAACAAAUUUAUUUGUUCGGAAAUGGAGGAAAUUCCAGAUAUUAGGCACCAGUUGAAUCAGUUGGCUCAGCUUCUGAUGAUGGAUACCCCUUUGCCCUCAGUGAACACCAUCCAUCAAAGUCAUGCCAAAUUUGGUGACAAGUGCAAGGAUGAUUCUGGCGACGAAUGGUCAAACUUUGAGGCACAAGCAGCAUUCCUGGGACCCAACAUCUGGGACAAAGGGUCAGGCCUGGAGGCAGAACUGAAUCUUGGUGACCAGUAUGUUGAUCUGGACGAAUUUUUGAAUUCAUCUUGCAUCGAUCCCAACAGGCAAGAUUCUGUGUCUCCGUCAAAGUCAGAAGGUGGCCAAUCAUCCUCUUCUUCAAAAUCGAGUGAACAAGAGCAAGAGCAAGAUGCAGCACAAGAAAAUGAUGAUCAGAGCAUCAAAGAUGAGGAAAUGUCAGAGCCACCCUCCCCUGCUGCAUCAACUUGCUCUUCAGAGGAUUCCGAUGAUUCGUACCACCCUCCGGCAUCAAAUAAGAGGACACGAAGGUCCAAUGUUGACUACCGCAAGAAGAGGUUGGCUGAUGAUGAUUUGAAGCCAUUGCCCAUGGUGAAGAAAUCGCGCAAGCAGUUUGUACCUGACGACUUGAAAGACGACAGAUACUGGGCACGUAGGCGCAAGAACAACAUGGCUGCAAAAAGGUCCAGGGACGCUCGUCGUGCCAAGGAGAACCAGAUUGUCGUUAGAGCUAGUUUUCUGGAGCAACAGAAUGCUGAUUUGAAGACGGAGAAUGAGAAGCUGAAGAGCGAGAACAAGAAACUAAAAGCCGAGUUGGCAAAGUAUAAAAAGUAAAGGCCAGGUUCUAAUGAGCAGAGUGUGCUGUAGUUUUCGAUCGUGAUCAAAAUGUUGGAAAUUAAACCAGAUUUUAAAACUCCUCGUAACUGUUAACAUGGUGAUGGGCAACCAGUAUAAAUUCCAUUCCCUCGUAAAAUUUUUUGCCUGAAAUUGAAAUAGCUUUACAUACUUACUCUCUCCAACUAUAAAAAGUCCUUUCGAGGUAGGCUGCUAAAACUGGUCACUAUUUACACACAAGCUGUAAUUUACUCUUAAAUGUAACGAUGUACUAUGCAUGGUGCACUAUCUGUACAGCAGCAAUGUUUGCUGAACGCUUCGUGUUUGCAGUCGAGCAUGUUGAAAAUCUAUGGUUGUGUUAUGAGAAAAGUUUUGCGCUUUGCUGAAGUACAUGAAUAUAAACCAUAUGUCUUUUUGAUCUUCUAACGUUUGACAAUGGCCAACCAUUACAACACUACUUCACUGUCUGAUUCGUACAAAUUUCCAUGCCAAUUUAUCCGACACCGAGCCGAUUUUGUCGGUUAAGAAAUAACACACUUAUUUUGCAACAUUGGUCAUGGAUCUUUUAUUUCAAUGAAAUGAUUACAAGUUAAAAGUCAACUGAAUCAAUCUAUUUUGUAUUCUUGUCUAUGCAAUAUGCUCUGCAAAAUAGAAUGUUGAUAUGUUAAGGAAAAACAAGUAUUUGUAAAUAAAUUUGAAAAAAAGUAUCAUUUAUAAAGAAAGGAAAAUAGGUUCUUCACAGAAGUGUUGGCUCCAAAGAUGUAUUUUGGAAAGAAAUAAAAGAUAUUUGAGUAUGAAAAUAAUCUAUUAUAUAAAGGUUGA